GUACAACUGCACAACAUUUAUUCUACCGUGUUAGCCUGCCUGUGUGUACUUCAGGGUUUCAUCUUAAUAUUGGUAGAAUGAGUGUGGGCUUCAUAGGAGCAGGCCAGGUGGCCCAUGCUCUGGUGCGAGGUUUCACAGCUGCAGGUGUAAUUGCCAGUCACAAAAUCACGGCCAGUUCCCCAGAAACAGAUCUCCCAACGGUCCAGGGACUCCGAAAAUUAGGUGUGCAUUUCACUACUAGCAACAAAGAAACCGUGAACAAGAGCGACGUCCUCUUCCUGGCGGUGAAGCCUCAUAUCAUUCCUUUUGUGCUGGAUGAGAUUGGACCGAACAUCGAGGAUCGUCACCUUAUUGUGUCCUGUGCCGCGGGUGUCACCAUCAGCUCCAUAGAGAAGAAGCUACUGCAGUAUCGCAGUAAUCCAAAGGUGAUGCGUUGCAUGACCAACACUCCAGUGGUUGUGCGUGAAGGGGCCACUGUGUAUGCAACAGGCACUCAUGCAGAGGUGGAAGAUGGAAAGCUCCUCGAGCAGCUGAUGGCCAGUGUGGGAUACUGUACUGAAGUGGAGGAGGACCUGAUUGAUGCUGUAACGGGCCUGAGUGGCAGUGGGCCAGCUUAUGCGUUCACUGCUGUGGAAGCCCUUGCUGAUGGUGGAGUGAAAAUGGGCCUGCCCAGGAGACUCGCUAUACGCCUCGGAGCCCAAGCCAUGCUGGGGGCAGCUCGAAUGCUCUUGGACUCCGAGCAGCACCCCGGGCAGCUCAAGGACAACGUGUGCUCGCCAGGGGGUGCCACCAUUCACGCCCUACACGUGAUGGAAAGCGGCGGCUUUCGCAGCCUCCUCAUCAACGCUGUGGAGGCCUCCUGCGUUAGGACGAGGGAGCUUCAGUCACUUGCAGACCAAGAGAAGAUCUCUCCAGCCGCCAUCAAGAAGACAACUCUGGACAAAGUGAUGCAGCAGCCAGGAGUGACCAUGGAGGCGGUUGGAGUCCGAUCACGUGGGAUCAACGUCUUCAACUAUAACAACCCCAAAAUUAAGAAGAAUUAAUGUUUCGGGUAGACCUUGGACUGGUCGCCAGUCAACCACAGGGCACAUAGAAACAACCAGCUACACUCACAUUUACACCUUUGGACAAUGCUGUGCAAUUAGAAAACGAUGCAAACUCCACACUCAGGUGUUCCAGUGGAGAUUUGAACUCUUGAAUCUGGAGCAGGCGCGCUUACCCCUAAAUCACUGUGCUGUCAUUUAUGCAAAUACUGUAUGUAUACAAUUCUAUAUAAACUUUACACU